UUCUAGAAAAACCGAUCAGCGUCUCGGCGGAUCCCGGUUAUAAAGUCUCCACCGACCCCCCAGACUGCUUCUUCCCAGACCCAGAGGAUGCGAGUCUUGGGGCCGGGAACGCUUCUCCUGCUCCUUUCGGGGAUCCUGGUCCUGACCGAGACCCUGGCUGGCUGCCAUUCCAUGAGGUAUUUCUACACCGCCUUGUCCCGGCCCGGCCUCGGGGAGCCCCGCUUCAUCACCGUCGGCUACGUGGACGACACGCAGUUCGUGCGGUUUGACAGCGACGCCCCGGAUCCGAGGAUGGUGCCGCGGGCGCGGUGGAUGGAGCAGGAGGGGCCCGAGUAUUGGGAUGAGGAGACGCGAGUCUCCAAGGACAAAGCACAGAUUUUCCGAGAGGGCCUGAACACCCUGCGCGGCUACUACAACCAGAGCGAGGCCGGGUCUCACACCCUCCAGCGGAUGUCGGGCUGCGACGUGGGGCCGGACGGGCGUCUCCUCCGCGGGUACAGGCAGGACGCCUACGACGGCAGAGAUUACAUCGCCCUGAACGAGGACCUGCGCUCCUGGACCGCGGCGGACACGGCGGCUCAGAUCACCAAGCUCAAGUGGGAGGUGGCAGGCGUUGCGGAGAGCCGCAGGAACUACGUGGAGGGCGAGUGCGUGGAGUGGCUCCACAGACACCUGCAGAACGGGAAGGACACGCUGCUGCGCGCAGACCCUCCAAAGGCACAUGUGACCCAUCACCCCAUCUCUGACCUUGAGGUCACCCUGAGGUGCUGGGCCCUGGGCUUCUACCCUGAGGAGAUCUCACUGACCUGGCAGCGCAAUGGGGAGGACCAGACCCAGGACAUGGAGCUUGUGGAGACCAGGCCUUCAGGGGAUGGAACCUUCCAGAAGUGGGCGGCCCUGGUGGUGCCUUCUGGAGAGGAGCAGAGAUACACGUGCCAUGUGCAGCACGAGGGGCUUCAGGAGCCCCUCACCCUAAGAUGGGAACCUCCUCAGACCUCAUUCCUCACCGUGGGCAUCAUUAUUGGCCUGGUUCUCCUCGUGGUGGCUGUGGUGACUGGAGCUGUGAUCUGGAGGAAGAAGUGCUCAGGUGAAAGAGGACGGAUCUACACCCAGGCUUCAAGCAGUGACAGUGCCCGGAGCUCUGAUGUGUCUCUCACGGUUCCUAAAGUGUGAGACAGCUGCCUUGUGGGGACUGAGGGAUGCUCGGUCCUGCUUUGUGACGUCAGAUCCCCAGAUCCCUCUUUCUGCAGCUGCAUCUGAAUGUGUCUGUGCUGCUAUUAGCAUAAUGUGAGGAGGUGGGGAGACCGGUCACCACUCUCCAUCGGGCCCCCUCCCCACCCUGACCUGUGUUCUCCUCCCUCAUCCACUGUCCUGUUCUGCAGAGACGGGGCUGGGCCAUCUCCAUCGCUGUCAGCUUCGUAUGCACCAAGUAAUGUUGCCUUAUUUCCUUAUUGAAGAUAAAAUCCAUAUAUAUGAAUUUGUAUUUUGUAGUUGGUGCCAUGAAGGGGGAUUGGAUAAUAAAGGUGAGGAUUCCUAAAGUUUGAAAGAGGAAAUAAAUUGAAACACCGAGAACCUUCCAGAACCAUUCACAUGUUUGCUCUGCUGAGUCAGCUGCAGGAGGGACAGGUGGAGGCUGUGAGGAGCUGAGUGUGGACAGGGCCUGUGCCCAGUCUGAUCAGGGCCUGGAGGGCAUGCAUGCACUGGACUGCCCAUGCACUGCCCGUGGUCACUCCUGGACUGGGUCCUCUUCUCCAUUCCAUUGUCCUUGUCCCUUCAGUAAAUGCUUGUCCCACCAAGGACCUGUGAUCAUGGACUCAGAAGUCACCUGGGCCUUGGUGUAUCUCCAGCACCAUGGGCAGGGUGCGUUCUUCAGUGGUUAGCCUAGGAUCAGGCCUUGGUUCAAUACUUAGCUCCUGUCAUUUUUGAAUGUGUUUAUAUUUUGCUUAUUUAGUUAUUGCUAUUAUUGUUGUUGGUGUAAUGACUGUUCUAUUUCAUGUGUAGAGUUCUGGUCCCAUUCUUCUCUGGGUGACCCCAUCUCUAACAGCAGCAGGGGUCACUUUGCCUGUGAUUAUCCCCACAAGUCCAGGGGAUCCAUGCACACAGGAUCUCAGCAGUGUAAAGAGAGAAAUUUUAGAGGCAUCCAGUUCUUGCCCUCUUAGAGAUUUUGCUGGAUUCUUCUUUCCAACUUUUCUCCAUCUUUUUAAAGGAACCACAUCCUGGAACUUACAAAGAAGAGGGACCCAAUCGUUCAUAUCUUGACUUAAUUCUUGCUGGACUUCUCUCUUCUCUGCAAUCUUCUGCCUCUUCUGCCCUCUUCUGCCCUUACAUCUUCUAAGGCUACUGUUGGCUCCCAUCUCAACUCAUGGAUUUAGAAAGCAGUGUCUAAUAAAAUCACAGCAGGUUGAAUAUAGGAGCUGGAAGUGAAGGAUCUUCCUUUCUGAAGAGACAAAGAGCCUUGUGUGUGGUGUGUAGGCUGAUUGGUGUGGGAGGAAAGGCAGAUCAGCCUUUGUGAGUAAAAUACAGGCAGCAUUGAGGUCAAUGCUGUCGGGAGUCGCCAGGAUGCACCCAGUCCUUGACAAGGUCAUGGGACGAGGGAGGAACCUGCAAGGCAGCUCUUCCUCACAUGGGGCUGCCCCGGGGGCCCAAUAUGUCCCCUCCGGAGCCACCAGGAUGAGAAAGGAACCUGCAAGGCAGCUCUUCCCCUUGAGGUUGUCCCGGGGACAAGGUCACGGGAUGAGAAAGGAAUCUGCAAGGCAACUCUUACCCUCGAGGUUGUCCCAGGGGCCUGGUAUAUCCCUUUCUUCCUUCUGUCUUACUGUUGUUGGGCUUUCCAUUAAUUUUUGGAAAUGAUAAUAUAUAGUAAUAACGCCUUGUUGGAAAAGUCCAAGCCUUUUUGGAAAUGUUCAAGAUUGCUCUGGCUCAGGACACGACCAUAAACAUCAAGUCAUAAAAGAAAAGGCCACAGGUAUAGUUUGGCUGCUUGCUUAAAAGAUUAUAAUGUUCUAGAAUAGAAAAGAGUAGAGGUGUUUAGAUUUAGAAGUAGAUAUACUGCUUUAGUUUACUUGCUCCUUGGUUGAAAGGGUUUUCUCUACUGCUAUUUCCUUGCUGCUAUUUGUUCAUUGUUUCCCUUUCUUUAAACAACAUGGGAUAUUAUGGGUAUUUUUGUAAAAUUAGAAAAUGGGGUAUAUAGAAUUUUAAUAGAAGAUUUAUAUUAACCAGUUUUACUGCCAUUAUCUUACUAUUAAUAGAGGUGUUUUGCUGCUUUAGAGGUGUUUUUGCUGUUUAAUAGUUAAUAGUUGUAAAUUGAGAUUUUGUGGUUUCAGGUAAAGAAAAAUAUCAGGUUUUUCUCAUGGUACUAUUUUCAGACAUGUCAAACAUGUUACUGUGACCCUUCCCAUGUAUUGUUUUAUUGUCCAAAGAAUUUACACUAUGCCUGAGAUUUGUGGAACAUUGUUUUUGUUAGAGUGAAAAUGUUAGGCCAUUGAGGCAAGAAGACUAUGUACGGGACAUUUAAGUAUAAACCCUGUAAUCAGAAACAUUCUAGAUGAAUGCUUAGGGGCAAAACCUGGGGAAAAAAAUAUUGACGGAAGCACAAACCAAUAUCUGAUGUAAUAUAUGGUGACUUAAGGGGGAGGUAACAUUCAUUCUAUAAAAACUGAGCUAUCCUAAAAAUAAAAAAAAGCUACCUCUUCUACUCAA